GCAGCGUGUCAAGGGCAACCGGCAUUACAGUAAGGAAGCAACAGGGAAGGUUUCUCGUGUCAAGGGCUGUCACAGAAGUCAUUCAGCUUCUAGAGUUCUAGAGAAGUGAAGAGUCCCACGAAGCAGCCAUGGACCAGGCCAGGUCAACAAUAUCCAAAAUUUUUAACGGGGAGCCACACUCCUACACACGAUUCAACUUGACCCAGAACAUGGAGGGCGACAAUAGCCAUGUGGAGAUGAAGCUGUCCACCGACGUAGACGAGGAGGUCGGGGGAAACGGCGUGGGAGAACACCUCAACCACAACGCCAACCGCAACUCCAGCCGCAAACCCUAUCUGACCCAAACGUUUGGACGCACACCCAAGAACCUCUGCUUCCUGGCAGCCACUGUUUUCCUCAUCUUCAUCAUCGGGUACUUGAUUGGCUACAUGGUUCAUCAGAAAAAGGACGUAGCUCCUGUUUGUGCAGCCUCUUUUCUCUCCUCUGAAAACACUGUUGCACACGAGACCGGUGCUGCCCCCCUCAUGAACUGGGACGAUGUCAAAGCGCUUCUGUCUCGGGGACUCACUGCUAACAAGAUGGAAACUGCUCUCAGCGAGUUCUCCAUAGUUGACCACCGGGCUGGUUCUUAUGGUGAUGAACAGUUGGGGAACAAGGUGCACGAGAGGUUCAAGAGCUAUCGCAUGAAAACCUGGACUGAUGAGCACUUUGUCAAAGUUCAGGACCUCCCCGCUUCUGGCUCCAACAGUAUAGUUUUUAAGAACAACCCGGAAGAGCGUCCGAAGGGAUUUUUGUCCUACAGCGGGACCGGAUCAGUUACUGGUGCGGUGCUAUACGGCCAUUACGGGCAGGAGAGUGACUUCAGGUUGCUGAGGGACAGGAACAUCAACCUGAGUGGAAGAGUCAUGCUGCUCCGAGCUGGGAAGAUCAGCUUUGCUGAGAAGGUGGCCAACGCAGUCAAAAUGAACGCAUCUGCCGUGCUGAUCUACCCAGACCACACUGAUUACUCUAUCGGAGAGGACACUGAUCUUUAUGGACAUGUCCACUUGGGUUCUGGUGAUCCCUACACCCCAGGCUUCCCCUCCUUCAACCACACCCAGUUUCCUCCUGUGCAGUCAUCCGGACUGCCGCAGAUCCUGGCUCAGACCAUCACACAAGGCAUGGCAAUAAAAAUUCUGAGGAACCUUGGGGGCCAGAAUCUGCCUGAAGGUUGGGACGGCUUUAACAAAUUAGGAGACGUGAAUGACACAGUUACUGUGAAGGUCAACAACGUUCUUGCUGAGAAAAAGAUCAAUAAUGUGUUUGGAGUCAUCAAAGGCUUUGUGGAUUCAGACCGGUACGUGGUUAUCGGUGCCCAGAGGGACGCGUGGGGUCCAGGCUAUGCUGCAUCAACUGUCGGCACCAGCGUCCUCGUUGAGCUGGCGCGCUCCAUCUCAGACAUGGUGAAGAAUGAUGGAUUCAAGCCAAGGAGGAGCAUUGUGUUUGCCAGCUGGAGUGCUGGAGAGUACGGGAGUGUUGGUGCCACCGAGUGGUUGGAGGGAUAUUUGACCUCUCUGGGCAUGAAAGCGUUCUCCUACAUCAACCUGGAUGGGAUUGUAACAGGUUGGAAUGGAUUUAAAGUAGCCGCCAGUCCUUUGAUGCACACCUUGAUUAAAAAUGCUCUAAAAGAGGUGAAAAACAAAGAUGGGUCUCUGUUUGACCAGUUUGCAAAGAACAACUGGGAGUCAGAAAUGCUUGAGCCUAUGAAUAUGGAUAAUGCUGCCUAUCCUUUCCUUGCCUUUUCUGGAAUUCCUUCAAUGUCAUUUAGAUUCAAGGCUGGUAAUUUGUUCUACAAGUACUUUGGCACAAUGCUGGACACCAAGGACAAACUGAACGCUGCCACGUCCACCCAGGUUCCUCAGCUGGCUGAAACGGCUGGCCGGUUUGCAGGGCACAUAGCGCUGAGGCUGGUCCACGACCAUCUUCUGCAGAUGGACUUGAAAAAAUAUGACAACGUUAUUCGCUCUCACGUAGUUAAGAUCAAAGGAAAAGUCAAUAAUGUUCAGCAGAUGCAGCCUCAGUUGUUUCCCAAAGCUCUGACUGUGAACUGGCUGAUCAUGGCCUCCGGCUCCUUCGGCCGUGCCCAUCGCAGCCUGAUGGCAGACAUCGACAACAGCGACCUGGAGGACAUCGAGAUGUGUCGACUCAUCAACGACCGCAUCAUGACGGUGGAAAGAAGCUUCCUCUCACCCUACGUUUCUCCCAGAGAGAGUCCGUUCCGCCACAUCCUGCUGGGCUCCGGCCCUCACACCCUCAAAGCUCUCUACAACCACCUGGACGCUCUCAAGAUGAACACCCCCGAUGCCGACGCCAACCUGUUCCGCAAUCAGUUUGCCCUGGCGACGUGGACCAUUCAGGGCAGUGCCAACGCGCUAGCAGGAGACAUCUGGUCUUUGGAUAAUGAAAUCUAAGCCAAAAACAAAAGUCAAGAUAGCCAUUUUCCCUCCUCCUCCUCACUCUCUGGUUCACGGUGUCGCCUUCUUAUAACAACUAGUGGCGUGAAAACCAGAACACUUGUUUUAAACUGGUUUAAGUUAUGAGAAAGUUAAGACCAUCAUCAUCCAUUUCAUAUCCUUUAUUGCUAAAGCCAAACAUAAAAAACCAGGAGCCUUAAAGGAAGAUUUAUGCACCCCAAAAUGGAAGCGGGGGGGGAAAAAAGUAUAACAUGAGACAUUUAAAUAUUACAGUCUUGAAUAUUUUGGUGCUGUUAAUGACAAAGUUAAAUUGCACAUAUGUGACAGUGCUACUUAAAUUAGUGUUUCCCUCUGAAUGAGCUCAGUAUAAUGAAUUAUUUUCAGCUUUGUAUCAGGUCAUAAUCACAGUGACGGCUGUGCCUUCCAGCUCAGAUAUGAAAAACACAAGAAGGGCACUAUCAUAAGCUAACGACUUCUUAUUCAUUCAUCACACUGAAAACAAAGAGCUGCUGGAACUCAACCUUCAGACCUGAGCUGGCUUUUGUUGGUAGCUAUAAUUUCAUAUCAUGCUGGAGGCAGCCGUCACUUCCAGAAGGUGCUAACAAGGCUUUAUUUCACAAUGAGUGCAGACUUAGAUUCAGGGGACAAUCAGCUGUGGAGCAAAAUAAGUGUGCUGCACCAGUCUUAAGAAAGGUCCUGUUCAUCAAAAGAAGAAAAAAAAAAAAAAACUCUUGGCAUUAGAUUUAAACCGUGUCAACCUUCCAAACAAGCAAAGGAGAAGGUCUCCAACAC